AUGUUUAGUUUAUUAUGUAAAUUUAUAAUAUUGGCUGUGCUGUUCUGUCCAAUCACAGCAAGCUCUAAAUUGCUGAUUGUCGGUCAGAAUAGAAACAACAAUUACAAGUUUGCCUUGGCUCAGCGAUAUUAUCCAGAAGUCGACAAGAUUGUCAGAGAUUCUCGUGCAAGCUUUUACGUUUUUACUCAAAACACCUGCCAACAGCAGAAUGAGAUGGUUGACGAUGUCUAUACGCAAUGCCAUCAAAUGAAAUUGCCUACAGGCAACAACUUCACAACCAUUGUCGUCUCACAACGUGGUACAGACGAAAUGAAUUUCUCAGAAAUAGAAAUAUUUUAUAAUUUCUUGGAUAAGCAAAAUCCAUUGCUGGUCAUUGAAAUUGGUGAUGAAGCCAUUCAAACGACAGCUCUGCUUAAGAAAGGAUCCAAAUGUUGGGGAGAAACAUCUACACCAAUCAUAUCUCCCAACAGAGCCUUCUUAUGCAACGAUUUCCAACCAGCUAUGGCUAGAAAUCUUAUUGAUGCCCAAGAUGUUCAGCUGAUUCCUCAAACUACUUUCCCAAAACCAGAAGUCGAAGAGAAAGCCUUCUGGCCAUGCAUCUUCGUUUCAGCUUCACCAAAAUCCAAAAAGUCCAAAGAGACUCCCAAAAUCCAUGUUCAAAUUCAUGAUGAAGAGGAAGAGGAAGUGAAGGAAGUUGAAGAGAAAGCUAAGAAAUCAACAAACUACCGUCCUCAUAAAGCACCAAAAAAAGAAGAAGAGAAGAAGCUGGAGUGUAAAUAUCGAAAGUCAUGCUACGAGACAGGAACUGUCCCAGAUAUUGAUCUAAGCUUUAACUUUUGGCCUUCAUCAUUCACGUGGAACACAGACAGUACGGAUGAGAAUGAUGAGAACGAUGAUGAUGACGAUGAUGACGAUGAUGCAGAGAAUGUCAACAGAAUUACGGCGAUGAAGCUGAAAUGUAAGUACCGGCUAGACUGUUACAAAGCCAAAAAAAUUCCUCUCAGCUUAAAAGAGCAGGAACAUAAUGAAAAGAAGGCUGCAGCUUCUAUUGAGCAUUCAAUUCCAAAAGCCGGAAAGAAGAAAUCGUUGAAAGACAUCGCCGAGAAAGCUGUAAAGAAAGUAAAAGAAGCUGAAGAGAAAGCUGCCUCACGUCCUCUACCAAAAGCUGUCAAAAUUGAAAAAGAACUGGACAAGAUAGAAGAUGAAAUGAACAAGAAACUUCGUUGUAAAUAUAGAAAAAGCUGCUAUGAAAGUGGAGAAUUACCGGAAAUUGUUAUGAGCACUUGGCUAUUCUCAACAACUUCACAAGCUUCCGACGAUGAUGAUGAUGUUGCUGCACGUGGUGGUCGUGGUGGAGGUGUGAUAGUGGAUGCAAAGACGUAUGCAGAAAUGGAUGAACUAGAUCAGAAAGUCUAUUGCAAGUAUCGCAAGAGUUGCUAUGAUACAGGUGUUAAGCCUGAGAUUGAGCCUGAGAUACAACUUCGUAGCUUCAAAGAUCUUAAGGAUCUGCCGGAUAUCGUGGAAACACGUAAGCUUACUAUACAAGAGAAAUGCAAGUAUAGAAAGUCAUGCUAUGCAACUGGUAUACUGCCCGAAAUACAUCCACCUGUUGAAUACGUUGUUGAGCAGAAGCAUAUAAGCUCUGUUGUUCCGACAAGUGUACAAGAUUUAAAACAUCUAUGUAAAUAUAGAAAAUCUUGUUAUGAAGAGAUUGCUAAUUCUGGAACAACUGAUGUUGUUAAGCAUAUACGUAAGAGACGAUUGAUUGAACGAGAAGAGAAGAAGAGACGUCAUCGACGUGAUAGACUACGUAAACGUGCUAAAGGUGGCAUCGAAUUUGAAGAAGAGCUACGACAUGCUGCUGAAGCGUCUGAAGAAGAUGAUGAUGACGACGACGACGCAUCUCAGCAUUCAAAGAAAAUUCGUAGAGAAAAGAAUUACAAGCCGAUUAGUUCAGAGGAAGUUGAUGAACAACCAUCUGUAUCAGCUCAUAUCCAACCGACUGUUGCUCAACAUGAAGAUGCCGACAGAGAUGAGGAAGAAGUGAAGAAGCCGAAAAAAUCUUCAAAAAAGAUCAAACAAGAAGUGAAAGAAGAAAAGAAGCCUCAGAUAGAAGAUGAUGACGAUGAGCCAGAAGUUCCUAAAGUCGUUGUUGUUGAAGAAGAUGAAGCUGAAGUAGUUGAUAAGAUGCCCAAGAAGAGUAUGAAGAAGCAGAAGGCCGUCAAGAAGCAGGUGCAGAAGGAGGAAGAAAAAGAAGCUGCCAUGCCAAUCCCAGUGGCUGUAGUCAAAGAGUUGCCGAAGAAAGCUGUUGCAGAAGAAAAGAUCAAAAAAUCUGUGAAAGACAGCAAGAAGCAGGCGAAAGAAGUAAAAGCUGAUAAGAAGUUGAAGAAAGAAGCUGAAGCUAAAGCUAAGGACAAUGCCAAUGAUGAUGAUGACGAUGAUGAUGACGAUGAGUAUAAGAAGAAGCAGAAACAAAAAGAAUUCUGCAAAUAUCGUAAAUCAUGUUAUGAAACAGGUGAACGUCCAGAUAUUGAUCAAUCCAUAUCAACCAUGUAUUCAUCAUUCAAUCAGCAUGUUGAUAAAGUAUAUGAUAAUCAGAAGCCAAAAUCAGAAUCUGAUCAGAAGCUUGAUUGUAAAUACCGAAAGUCCUGUUAUGAUACAGGACGACUUCCUGAUCUCAAUAUUCGUCAACAGAUAGUUGUUCCAAAAUUGGAAGAGAUACAUGAUAAGAAACUUCAUUGUAAGUAUCGCAAAUCAUGUUAUGACGAUAGUAUUGAGGAUGAAGCUGAAAAGCUUCCAAAUCAUUCAGAGAAAGUUCCAAAGCCUUCAAUACAGAAGGUUGUAACGGAACAGAAGAUCAAGAAGACAACAACAGCUGAAAAGAAGUCAGAAGAUGAACGCAAGAAGUCAUCACAUCAUGCACAGAAGGAGGAUAACGAUGAUGAUAACGAUGAUGACGAUGAUGAUGAUGAUGAUGACAAUGACAAGAAUGAUAAGCAGAAAAAGAAAGUAGCUCAUAUUGAUGCUCACAUAAUCAGUCUAAGCUUAGAAGUAGAUGAAAAAUUAGAUUGCAAAUAUAGAAAAUCAUGUUAUGCUAAUGUGAAGCCAAGAUCGAAAAAUGAAGAUCAUAGUGGAAGUAUGGCACGGCAAAAUGGAUCACCCAUUAGAACGAAAUGUAAUGAAUAUUAUCUUUCAUGCAGAGAACAGUUAGGACUCCCACCAAAGGAGAAAGCUCCAAUUGGACCUAAUGGAAGAAGACUUUGCCGAAAGAAGAAAGAGUGA